CUGAAGCAUAAACCUCCGUACCGGUGUCUCGGCCGGGGCCCCCUCACCGCCAGCGCUGCGUCUCUUGAGAGCUACCGGCGAGCAGGCGGCCCCGGGCCGCACCGGCGGGUGGCUCCGUUUACGAGCGGAGCUGAUGCGGCUCCUCCUCCGCACGGCGAGAACGGGCUGAGCCAUGAGGAGGAGCCGGGCGGCAUCAGAGCGGUACCGUCACCGCGGCCAUGGCGGAGGAUACAGACACGAGCAGCUUCAACUCCAAGCUGCUGCCUGAAGAAGCGCAAGCCGCAGCCCCAUUGGGCAGCGGAUGGUAUCUCCGGUUGGCUGAAGGGCGCGGGGGGAAGUUGUGCGCAGGGAGAGACGGGAACGGUCAAGAUGGCGGCGCUGGCUGUGGCUGGUGCUGGGCUGUGCUGCAGGCGGGUGCCGGCCUUGGCGUGGGGGAGGCCUUGUCGUCUUCAGCAUCAGCAGGCAGAGGCCCAGUCUGACUUGCCUAUAGAAAUGGAGAAUCCAUAUAAAGAGCCUCCUAAAAAGUGUAUCUUAUGUGGAAUACAUGUGGACUACAAGAACGUGCAGCUUCUAUCCCAGUUUGUUUCUCCAUACACUGGCCGCGUUUAUGGCAGGCAUAUAACAGGCUUGUGUGAUAAGAAGCAGAAAGAAAUUUCAAAAGCCGUAAAAAGAGCUCAUAUAUUUGGAUUUAUGCCAGUUAUGUUUAAGAACCCAGCAUUUCUCACAGACCCCAAGAUUUGUAAUGUUAAGUAUUGAGAAUAACAUACUGUAAAGAAAUCAGAAUAAAAGUGUCAUGCUUAAUAGUUCUCUA